UGCUAAGUGCUAUUUCAAAAUGUCAGAAUCAGCUGAAAGGGAAAAGUUGAUUAAUGUUCAUUAAAGACGUGUCCAAAUAUAAUAAGUGUAGUUACUUAUCAAAUAAAAGGAAGUGUUCCUUUUGUGUGCUAAUGGUGUAUUAACAAGUGGAAUUAUUAUACGAGUGUUUGUUGCGUGUUUGUGAAGCAUUGCUCAAAGUUUUUGUUUAUUCCUUGUUUUUUACGAGCAAAUUGUACACAAUGUCAUUUAAAGAGGACUUGACUUUACUCCCAAAACCAUACUAUCUGAUAAAUAUUCUUCUGAGUUUGUCUUAUCUUAUUUCAAAACGAAUUCCAAUAGUUUGUCAUAUUCUUGGCCAGGAAGAAUGCGAACUCGAUAGUAGGGAAACAGAAAUCUUAUUCUUUCUGAUGAUCGUCAUAAUGAUCAGAACACGAAAAGCAGGAAGUGUUACGAUGAUAAACUAUUUGUCGUCAAGUUUUGUCUAUACAAAAAUAGCAAAUAUGAUCCUAUGGUUCUACGCGGAUAUCAGAAUGGGAAUCGUAUUCGCAGCAGUUUGCAUUUUGUGUGGUUUGUUGUUACCUGAGCCAACGUAUCAAGGUCCUGAGAAGGUAAUUUACCUCCGUGGAGCCACGAGUUUACAGGAAGAAUUGCAGCGUGACACCAGGUGCAUGUGGAUCGUUGCUUUUUAUACUGCCUGGAAUCCUGCUUGUGUCACUUUCGCACCAAUAUUCUCUCAAUUAUCUGCCGAAUUUGCCUUGGACAAUUUUAAAUUCGGAAAAGUGGAUAUUGGAAGAUAUCCAGACGCAGCAACAAAAUAUCACAUCAGUGAUUCUAGCACAAGUAAGCAAUUGCCAACGUUAAUACUUUUCAAGGAAGGAAAAGAAGUCGAAAGAAGACCGUACGCCGACCACAAAGGAAAACUUGUCAAGUUUCUAUUCUCUAUUGAUAAUGUUAAGGCAGCAUUUGAUCUCAACAAUCUGUACCAGACAUGCAAAAGUAAUCUAGCAAAAAGAAAAGGAAAAAAAGAAGUGAAAGCGGAAUAAAAAUAUUUACGAAUAGCGCCAAAAAAAAAAAUUAGUGACAUUAAGUAGUGACAUUGUCAAGUAGACAAUUUGAUAGUGACAUCUAUCUUCCAAUAAUUUUAGUAUGCGUUACUGUAAUAUCCAAGAAAAAAAAUUAUUCUUCGUUUUUUGAACGAAGUUUCAACGUAUACUGAAAUUGGCAUUUCAAUACUGCCUAGACACGAAACUGGCAAAGUCACAAAUCUAGGUUAAAAAAAACCAUUGUGUUCCUAAUUUCAUUUUUAAUAAUUUCUAAUUUCUAAUAUUAAUUAUAGUAUUUAUUUUAAUUGUCCGCGUACGCAAAUGCUUUAAGUCUGUAUUUAAUAGACUUUUAUUGAAUUGUCUGUAUAUUUAAUAGUUUUUUCUGUAAAGAAUUACGAAAUAAUCAGAUACAUUUUGAAAGUAUUUAAAAGCGUUUCAAUGUGCUACGUAAAAAAACAGUUUUGUUAAAUUCAAUUCUAUCGAACAAUAAAAAUAUCAAAAAUGGCAAUUUUAAAA